GAGACCAAGAAGGGUAAAGGAUUAUGGCCUUACCCCCAUGCCCUUCACAAGGUGACAGAGGACGUUCAAAAGCAACAUCUGACCCCAGUCUCUUUUUCAUUUCCAGUGACACAGUGAGCAUGGGGGUCUGGAACGCAGGCACCCAUCUCCUCCUACGUCUUUGGGGGAUGUAUGUGUCUCCAAGAAGCCCUGGAUGGGUGGACAUCCUCCAACAUCUGGGAAUUUGCUCUCUUGUUGCUUUCAGUUCGGUGGGCCUCCUCUCGGUGGCCUUCUCCUGGUUUCUGUCCUCGUUCCUAGUCUUCACCAUCUCCUGGGCGGUCGCCUGGGUUCUCCUGUGCUGCUCCAAGCACGGGAGGUGUUUCGUGGCCCUCUUCUUCCUCUCCUGUGGCCUGCGUGAAGGCAGGAACGCGCUGAUUGCCGCCGGCACGGGGAUAGUCAUCUUUGGACACGUGGGAAACAUCUUCCACAACUUUAAAGGGCUCCUGGACAGCAUGACUUGCAACAUAAGGGCCAAGAGCUUUUCCAUUCACCUGCCACUUUUGCAGAGGUAUAUUGAAGCCAUCCAAUGGAUUUACGGCCAUGCCACUCACCUGGAUCUAUUUGACGGCCUCGUGUCUUGGAACCAGACUCUGGCAGUCUCUCUCUUCAGCCCCAGCCAAGCCCUGGAGGCACAGCUAAAUGACACCAAAGGCCAGGUCGUGGGGGUCUUGUACCAGAUGGUGACGGCGGCCGAGGUUUUGUCCUCCCUGGGACGGCAGCUACUGGCCCUCGCGGGGCUCUUGCUGGUCCUUCUCGGCACGGGCCUCUUCAUGAAGCGGUUUCUGGACCCUCGUGGCCGGAAGUUUGAAAACGUCUACAUCACCAGACAAUUUGUGCGGUUCGAUGAGGGGGAGAGGCAUCAACGGAGGCCCUGCGUCCUCCCGCUGAGUAAGAAGGAAAGGAAGAAGUACGUUGUCAUCCCGUCUUUCGGACUGACGCCUAAAGAAAAGAAGAACCUGGGGCUGUUUUUCCUCCCCAUUCUAACCCAUCUCUACCUCUGGGUGCUGUUUGCAGCUGUCGAUUUUCUGCUGUAUCGGCUCAUUUUCUCAGUGAGCAGACACUUUCAACACUUGCCAUCGCUGGAGGUUCACUUGAAACUGCACAGGGAGGAGCAAGGAACUCAAAACAUCAUUCAUGACUCCCCCUUUAAUGUAUCUCUGUUUGAACCCAACUGCAUCCCUAAACCAAAGCUCCUUCUGUCUAAAACCUGGGUUCCUCUCAGUAUUAUUCUUGUGAUACUAGUGGUGCUAGGACUGUUGUCCUCCUUCCUGAUGCAACUUAAAAUCCUGGUGUCAGCAUCCUUCUACCCAAGCGUGCAGAGGGAACGCAUCCAGCACCUGCAUGCAAAGCUACUGAAGAAGAGAUCAAAGCAGCCAGUAGGAGAAGAAAAAAGGCAGCUGCGUCUGUACUUUACAAAGAUUCAUUUCUGGCUUCCGGUCCUGAAAGUGAUUAGAAAGAAACAAGUGGAUGCUGCAGGUGAAAGCAACCCAUGAGAGGCCCCCAUGGUAGGCCCAGGCCACACUUCCCAGCAGCUCUUGGGUCCCUGACUGUGGUCACUGCUCAUGCCCAGCAUCAGAGAUCUAUAUGGCCUGGUCCCUCAGGGGUCUCGGUUUGGGGGGCAAACUACCUUUCUUCAUAAGGGCCAUAGGUCUGCCAGGUAAAUGGUUAGGACUGUUAGGUCAUGUUUUUUCUAAUCCCUUUGGGGAUAAAUCUCAGCAUGGAGUAAUAUACAAAGAAAAGAAAAAAAAAUCAGCAUCUCUACUGCAGGUUCACAAGCAAAUGCUAAGGAGAACAUACAUGUAUAAUGCCAGUAACAUCUCCUUAAUCUUUUCUGUCCCCACUCAGCCCCUCUCAUUAGCAUUCAUAGCUAUUCCCUACCCCCACAACUGUCUCCCUUAUUCAAGAACUGUUUCCCAAACCCAUCUCCAGCAGCUCCUCACUGCUUCUCAUCUCCACCUCGGCACUUACUGCCUCCUUUCCUGUUUUUUUGUUUGUUUUCCUCUUCUACCAAAUCCUCUAGCCACAUUUAUUUGGGGACCACAUUUAUCAAAAUCAUAUAAAAUGUUAAAAUUCACAUUGGGCCUCUUUUUCACUGUACUCAGUAAAUACUCUGUGGUACAGGGGCCCAUUUCCCCUCUCCUCUCAAUACCUAGGAAGGAAAAAACCUCCUGGAAUAUUGAGUUGAGUAUCUCUAAAUUCCCAGGAUGGAGAAGAAAUAAAGAAACAUUAAAUUUUUUCUUUGUAAUUUUCAUUCUGAAAAGUUUUCAGACUCACAAAAUAGUAGAGUUCCAUUUAUCCUUCACCCAUCAUCCCCAAAUAUUAACAUCUUAUAACCAUGAUACAAUGAUCAAAACCAAGUAAAUAACAUUGAAAAAUGUAUAAUGUAUAGACUUUAUUGAAUUUUUUACCAACUGUCCCACUAAUAUCCCUUCUGGUUCUUAAUUCAAUCCAGGCUCACACAUUGCAUUUAGUUGUCAUGGUUCCUUAGUCUUGUCCAAUCAGUAUAUGGCGGGGAAAUACUUUGAGGUCAUGCAAACAUCCUGUUUCUCAUCAUACCUUUCCACUCUGACUUUGGCAUCCAGAGAUGCAAAACCAAGACAGCCAAAUUAUGAUUUUCUUUUUAUGUGUCUUCAACAUUUCUUAAUUGGAAUUUGACACUAUCCCCAGAAAUUAUA